UGCCAACCCUCACGUCACCUCCCCCCCCCCGCAAACAGGGCACGGGUUGAGAUCAAAUAGAUCCAUUUCAUUUAAACAACCCCCAAAGCACGCGACCGUUUGCUACUUAAGGCUGCAUCACUGAGCAUCAUCGCCUUUUUCCCAAAUCACAGAACCAGCGCAUUUGCACUCACUUCCUGCAGCAAGUGGACGCAUUGCCAAGGCCAUCCUCCCGCACUUCUUCUCAAUGACGCUUACUGCCCUGCCAUCAAGACCCGCUCCCAACACAAUGUCCACCACCACAGACUCAGGCCCUCCCAACCUCAGUCGCUGGAACCUGAACGCUGAUUGGUGGGAUCAGAAGCUCCUCGACGGCAACGACAUGUUCCUCGAGCUGAUCCUCCCCACCAUCGACGAGCUCGCCGACGUGAAGCCCGGCCAGCGGGUCCUCGACGUCGGCACCGGCAACGGCAUCGUGGCCCGGCGCCUGGCCCGGGACGGGGUCGAUGUUCUAGCCACCGACUACAGCCUCGGCCAGAUAGAAAACGCUUGGCGACGGACCCAGAAGUCGGCGCACGCAGCCCAGAUCGCCUUCGAGCAGCUCGACCUCUUGAGCCGGCCUGCCCUUGACGACUUUGCGCAGCGGCAUCCGGAGGAGUUCGACCUUGUCACCGGCAGCAUGCUGCUCAAGGAGCUGUCCGACCUGCGGCCGCUCGCCGAGUUCUUGCCCAAGAUUCUGAAGCCCGCCGGGCGAGUGAUAUUCGCCAACCUCCACCCCGCCUUCCACAAGCCAGGUGCGCACAGGCUCAUCGAAGUCGCCGAGAACCCCGACACGGGCGUCCAGGAGAUCAAGGCGUCCAUCAAAGUCGAAAAGUACCUGAACAUUGGCCCGGUGCAGAGCUCUGCGCUGCGCGGCCAGCCCGAGCCUCUGAUCUGGUUCCACCGGCCCAUCCACGAGCUGCUCGAGCCCUUCUUUGACGCCGGCCUGGCCCUCAACAAGGUCCGCGAGCCGUCCUUCUCCAAUGGCCCCGAUCCCUCCCAGGCGCAGUCGUACCACAAUUUCCCUCAGAUCCCGAUGCAAUUCAUCUUCCGCCUCGUGCGCCUGCCGGGGCAGUAAGUAGGCUGGCUGCCGAUGCUGUUCGCGCUUAUAUUAUGAUGCGCAUUGGGGCCGAUGGCGGCAUGGCCUAGCUUGCUCUGCAUUGGCUUUGGCUUUCGUUCCUCGGAGACGGUCAAGAUAUGACCAUUGGUUUUGGGGGGAGCUUUCGGUGAUGACCCUUGAUGACAGGAGCUGAUUAACGCGUGAACGAAUUUCGGUCUUUGUCUCAUUUCGGAGAGGGGGGCGUUGCAUCCAUCUUAGAGGUGUUUAGAGAGAGGGGGAAAGUACAUUAAGGACUCGUUGACUCGCUAUUUGCCUUCUGAUUACGUCUCUGUGACUUGUUUGAGUCUGUGGCACAUGUGGCACAUGUGUUAUGUGCUAGGCACAGCCAAGCCUGGCCUAGCCUGGACCACUUAAUGGUCCAUGCACCACCAGCCUAUCCCCCCGCCAUAGAUUUCCCGCCUGCGGGCCAAUAGAUUUUAGCUUCCCCAAGCAAUUCAUCACCUUUCAUACA